UCAAACAUGACCAGUCUUGUUACAAAAUGAUACGAACUUUAGCGACAUGGGCUGAAGCAACCAUAUACUGUCGAGCAAUGGGGUCACAACUGGCAAACUUAGAGACAGCGACAGAGGACCAUUUCGUACAUGGAAUGAUACAAAACCUGGGAGGUAGUUAUGAUCCACCGAAGUUUUGGCUGGGUGGAAACGAUAUUGUAACUGAGGGUGAAUGGAUGUGGGCUAAAACUCAUACCAAAUUAACCUACACAAACUGGGGACCAGGUCAACCUGACAACAGUCAUAAAGGACUUGGAGAAAACUGUUUGGAACUUUCAAAGAAUCAGGCUUGGAACUGGAAUGAUGAUUACUGUGAACACAGGAUAUAUUUUAUCUGUGAAAGACCAUCUGAAGAAGUGGAUAGUGGAGAAAUUGUUGGAUAAAUGAAUAAUCACAAAUGAUAAAAAAAUAAA